AUGAUAAGGCAAAACUACGACUCACAGCCCUCUGCGGCCGACAACGCGACCUCAUGCUCCCACCAUCCGAAGCAAGCCGUCGCUACCGUGAAUGGUCGAUUGAGUAAGGUCUGGACCGUGUCGAGCACUCUAUCGCGAACUCUCGAUCACAGGGAUCCAACUGACGCCAACACGACUAACAGCGAAGCGACCGCCCGCGGACCGACUACUGUAGUCCCGCGGCUGCGGGAGGCUCUAGAGGCUCAACGGUCAAUAUGCAAAUCCUCGCGCAUCCAGGCCGCAUCAAAUCAACGAUGGCCCAGGAACGAGACCUGA